UCGUCAGUCUUCACUUUGCUGCUUUCUUCUCCACUCUGAAACAUAAAGCAAAAUAAAACAAAAACCAAACUCAAAAAGCAAAAGCUAAAAAGAUCGAACCAAAAAGCAAACCCAUCGCACAUACUCUCUGAUACUCCUUUCUCAUUAAGAAAUCAAAAGCUUCAUUAUAUUAAUAACAAUGCCAAUCAUAACCUCACCGUUCUCUAAUUUGCAUCAAUGGCCUCUUCAUCCUCAGAAAUUGUGGUUGCAGACCCUAUUAUUCAGCCUUACAAUGACGAUAAUACCCACGCCAUCACGACGACGUCGUCUUGUUCUCUCAACGACGAUGCUGAUGAUCCUCUGCCUUUUGAUAGUGAGAGACUGCCUCCUACUUUGUCUAGAGAAAUCCAACGGUUUCUUCGUAUUGCCAAUUUGAUUCAGUCUCAAGAGCCUCGCAUUGCCUAUCUUUGCCGGUUUCAAGCUUUUGAAAUAGCUCAUAAUAUGGACCGCAAUUCAAAUGGAAGAGGUGUCCGACAAUUCAAAACUUCUCUUCUUCGCCGGCUUGAACAUGAUGAAGAAACGACCUUAAGGAAACGUAAGGAGAAGAGUGAUAUAAGAGAACUUAAACGAGUUUAUCAUGCAUACAAGGAGUUUAUUAUUAAAAAUGUUGGAGGUUUUGAUCUGGAUGAUAGUCAUAGAGAGAUGUUGAUUAACGCACGAAGAAUUGCUUCUGUAUUGUUUGAAGUAUUAAAGACAGUGACAGAAGCUGCUGGUCAUCAGGCUCUUGCUGACAGGGAUAGUAACCGAGCAAGAUCUGAGCUCUAUGUACCAUAUAACAUUCUUCCUCUAGAUCAUGGAGGUAUUCAGCAAGCAAUUAUGCAACUCCCUGAGAUUAAAGCUGCAGUUGCAGCUGUUCGAAAUGUUCGUGGUUUACCUUCAGCUCAAGAUUUCAAUAAAUGUGGGCCUUUGAUUGACUUGUUUGAAUUUCUUCAAUGCUGCUUUGGGUUUCAGGAAGGAAAUGUAGCCAACCAGAGGGAGCAUCUAAUUUUACUUCUUGCUAACACCCAUAUUAGGCAAUCUCAUAAGCAGACAUCUGUCUUAAAGUUGGGGGAUGGAGCUGUGGAUGAACUGAUGAAAAAGUUUUUCAAGAACUAUACUAACUGGUGCAAAUAUCUGCGGAGAACAAAUAACAUACGGUUACCUUGUGUGAAACAAGAAGCCCAGCAAUAUAAAUUGCUAUAUAUAGGGCUUUACCUUCUCAUAUGGGGAGAGGCGGCAAACUUACGGCUUAUGCCAGAAUGCCUAUGUUAUAUUUUUCAUAAUAUGGCGUAUGAAUUGCAUGGAUUGCUAACAGGGGCUGUCAGCUUGAUAUCUGGGGAAAAGGUCAUGCCCGCAUAUGGAGGAGGAUUUGAAUCAUAUCUUACCAAUGUGAUUACCCCUAUAUACAGGGUUAUUUAUGAGGAAUCUGCAAAAGGCAAAAGUGGGACAGCUGAUCAUUCUACAUGGAGAAAUUAUGAUGAUCUAAAUGAGUAUUUCUGGUCUCCUGAUUGUUUUCAGAUAGGCUGGCCUAUGCGUCUGGAUCAUGAUUUUUUCUGUGUACAGCCUUCAAAUAAAAACAAAGUAAAAAAAGUUGUAAAUAAAAAGAUGAAGACAGAAGCAAAAGACGAUGAAGAUGAAGAGUUGGGACUAAACAUAGAUGAAGAGACUGGGGCCUUUGUAGAAGGUCAUUGUGAACCAAGAUGGUUGGGGAAGACAAACUUUGUAGAGAUCCGUUCAUUUUGGCAUCUAUUUAGAAGCUUUGAUAGAAUGUGGAGCUUUUUUAUCCUAUCCCUUCAGGCAAUGAUAAUUAUGGCUUGCCAUGAUUUGGGAUCUCCACUUGAAAUACUUGAUGCUGUAAUAUUUGAAGAUGUCAUGAGCAUCUUCAUUACAUCUGCCAUUCUUAAACUCAUACAAGCAAUUCUUGAAAUUAUUUUUACAUGGAAAGCUAGAGUGACGAUGGAAAUCUCAAGGAAAAGGAAACAAGUGUUGAAGCUAGUUGUUGCAAUCAUCUGGACAAUUGUUCUUCCUGUAUAUUAUGCUAAAUCCAGGAGGAAGUACACAUGUUAUUCUACACAAUAUGGAAGUUGGCAAUUAUGUAUCUCUUCUUAUAUGGUUGCAGUUGCAAUUUACCUGAUGACAAAUGCAGUUGAGAUGAUCUUAUUUUUUGUUCCCGUCGUCAGCAAAUAUAUUGAGAUCUCAAAUAGUCGCAUAUGUAAAAUUUUCUCUUGGUGGACACAGCCAAGAUUAUAUGUUGGACGUGGGAUGCAAGAAACCCAAAUUUCAGUGUUAAAAUAUACAUUGUUUUGGGUGUUGGUGCUUGCGACCAAAUUUGUCUUCAGCUAUAGUUUUGAGAUUAGACCACUCAUUGAACCAACAAGACUAAUCCUCAAAAUUGGUAUGAAAAAUUACGAAUGGCACGAGCUUUUUCCCAAAGUGAAGAGUAAUGCGGGGGCAAUUAUAGCUAUAUGGUCUCCAAUUAUUGUUGUGUAUUUUAUGGACACUCAGAUUUGGUAUUCUGUUUUCUGUACAAUCUUUGGUGGAGUUUAUGGCAUUAUACAUCAUCUUGGAGAGAUUAGGACGUUGGGAAUGCUAAGAAGUAGAUUUCAUACUUUGCCUUCUGCUUUCAACGCUUGCCUGAUCCCACCCUCUGCAAAAAAUGUUCAGAAAAAAAGAAAUUUCUUCAAUAAGAGAUUUCACAAGGUGUCUGAAACUGGAGGAAAUGGAGUUCCUAAAUUUGUUCUUGUAUGGAAUCAAAUAGUCAAUACUUUUCGGUUAGAGGACUUGAUAAGCAACAGGGAGUUGGAUUUAAUGAGCAUACCUAUGUCCUCAGAGCUAUUUUCUGGCAUGGUUCGCUGGCCUAUAUUUCUCCUUGCAAAUAAGUUUUCAACAGCACUAAGCAUCGCUAGAGACUUUGUAGGGAAGGAUGAGAUUCUUCUUUGGAAAAUUAAAAAGGACAAGUAUAUGUACAGUGCUGUCAAAGAGUGCUACGAGUCUCUCAAGUAUGUACUUGAAAUUCUCAUAGUAGGGGACCUGGAGAAGAGGGUUGUGUCCUCCAUACUAAAUGAAAUUGAAGAAAGUAUAGGAAGGUUGACUCUUCUUGACGAUUUCAAAAUCAGUGAGCUUCCGGCUCUGCAAGCCAAAUGCGUUGAAUUAGUUGAACUUCUGAUCGAGGGAAAUGAAGACCAUUACAGUAAAGUUGUGAAAGUUCUCCAGGAUAUGUUUGAGCUUGUAACGAAUGAUAUGAUGACAAAUAGCUCAAGGAUAUUAGUUUUGCUCCACCAUUCUGAACAGGAGGAGAAUUUUGCAUAUUUUUCUAGAGAGAUUAAACCACAAUUAUUUGAAUCAGCUGCUGAUAGUUCCAUCCACUUUCCACUGCCCAACACUGACCCUCUUAGUGAACAGAUUAAGCGUCUUCAUUUGUUGCUUACCGUGAAAGAUGAGGCCAUGGAUGUACCUGCAAACUUAGAAGCUCGGAGACGGAUUUCAUUCUUUGCUACUUCACUUUUCACUAAUAUGCCCAUUGCUCCCAAAAUACGCAAUAUGCUAUCUUUCAGUGUGAUGACUCCACACUACAUGGAGGAUAUCAAUUACUCAAUGAAGGAGCUAAAUUCAAGCAAAGAGGAAGUUCCCAUCUUAUUUUAUAUGCAAAAAAUAUAUCCAGAUGAAUGGAAAAACUUUUUGGAGCGUUUGGAGUGUGAUGAUUCUGACAUAUUAAAAGAUGAUAGCAAGAAGGAUGAAUUGAGAAAUUGGGCCUCUUUCCGGGGUCAAACAUUGAGCAGAACAGUUAGAGGAAUGAUGUACUAUAGAGAGGCCUUAAGGAUUCAAGCAUUUCUUGAUAUGGCUGAGGGCGAAGAUAUCCUUGAAGGUUAUGCUACUGCUGAAAGAAAUAACCGUACACUGUUUGCGCAACUAGAUGCCCUAGCAGACCUGAAAUUCAGUUACAUUAUUUCUUGCCAAAUAUAUGGAUCACAGAAGGCAUCUGGAGAUCCCCAUGCAAAUGACAUUCUUGAAUUGAUGAACAGAUAUCCAUCUGUCCGUGUUGCUUAUGUUGAGGAGAAAGAGGAGAUCGUGAAUAAUAAACCUAGGAAGGUUUAUUCUUCAGUAUUGGUUAAAGCUGUCAAUGGUCUUGAUCAGGAGAUAUAUAGAAUUAAACUUCCUGGUUCACCAAACAUUGGAGAAGGAAAACCUGAAAAUCAAAAUCAUGCUAUAAUCUUCACGCGUGGUGAAGCUCUUCAGGCUAUUGAUAUGAACCAGGACAACUAUUUGGAAGAAGCUUUCAAAAUGAGAAACCUCCUACAAGAAUUUUUUCGACAGCAUGGGCGACGACCUCCAACUAUACUGGGCUUGAGGGAGCACAUAUUUACCGGAAGUGUUUCUUCUUUAGCAUGGUUCAUGUCAUAUCAAGAGACAAGCUUUGUCACCAUCGGUCAAAGGCUUCUUGCCAAUCCUCUCAGGGUAAGGUUCCACUAUGGACACCCUGAUGUAUUUGACAGGAUAUUUCACAUCACAAGAGGUGGCAUAAGCAAAGCAUCAAAAACAAUAAAUUUGAGUGAAGAUGUAUUUGCUGGGUUUAAUUCUACCUUACGACGUGGCUCUAUCAGUUACCAUGAGUACUUGCAAGUUGGUAAAGGGCGUGAUGUUGGCCUAAAUCAGAUCUCAAAAUUUGAAGCCAAAGUAGGAAAUGGAAAUAGUGAACAAACUAUAAGUCGUGACGUAUACCGGCUUGGACAAUGGUUUGAUUUCUUCCGGAUGCUAUCUUGUUACUUCACAACAAUUGGGUUUUACUUCAGUAACCUGAUCUCAGUAAUUGGAAUUUAUGUGUUCCUCUACGGGCAGCUUUAUCUUGUCCUAAGUGGGCUUCAAAGAGCAUUACUUCUUGAGGCUAGAAUGCAUAACAUACAAUCAUUGGAAACAGCUCUUGCCUCUCAGUCAUUUAUUCAGCUUGGUCUUCUAACUGGCUUACCCAUGGUAAUGGAGAUUGGACUUGAGAAAGGAUUUCUGACAGCCUUCAAAGAUUUUAUCCUCAUGCAAUUGCAGCUAGCUUCUGUAUUCUUCACUUUCUCACUUGGAUCAAAAAUUCAUUAUUACGGUAGAACAAUUUUGUAUGGAGGUGCUAAGUACAGACCUACUGGACGUAAGGUUGUGGUGUUUCACGCCAGCUUCACUGAAAAUUACAGAUUAUAUUCUAGAAGCCAUUUUGUUAAAGGAUUUGAAGUAGUGCUCCUUUUAAUUGUUUACGAUUUGUUUCGACGGUCGUACCAAAGCAGCAUGGCAUAUGUGCUAAUUACUUAUUCCAUUUGGUUCAUGUCAAUUACUUGGUUAUUUGCUCCAUUUCUAUUCAAUCCUUCUGGAUUCAGCUGGGACAAAAUAGUGGACGACUGGAAAGAUUGGAAUAAAUGGAUAAGGGAGCAAGGUGGUAUAGGUAUUCAACAGGACAAAAGUUGGCAGUCUUGGUGGAAUGAUGAACAAGCACAUUUCCGUUGCUCAGGGCUGGAAGCUAGAUUUUUGGAGAUGCUUCUUUCUGUUCGAUUUUUCAUGUAUCAGUAUGGUCUGGUGUAUCACCUGGACAUCUCUCAGCACAGCAAAAACUUUCUAGUUUAUUUGCUUUCAUGGGUUGUCCUCCUUGCAUUUUUCUUAUUGUUCAAGGCCGUGAACAUGGGAAGGAAACAAUUCAGCACUAAUUAUCACUUAGUGUUCAGACUUUUCAAGGCAUUUCUCUUCAUUGCUGUUGUGUCCAUUACAAUCACACUUUCUCUUAUUUGUCAGCUAUCCUUGAAGGAUGUAGUCGUGUGCUGUCUAGCAUUUUUACCCACCGGGUGGGGCUUGAUAUUGAUUGCACAAGCCGUAAGACCGAAGAUCGAGAAUACGGCACUAUGGGAGUUCGCCCUGGUUCUAGCAAAGGCAUAUGAUUAUGGAAUGGGUGUGCUUCUGUUUGCUCCUAUUGCUAUUUUGGCUUGGCUUCCUAUCAUUUCAGCUUUCCAGACUCGUUUUCUUUUCAAUGAAGCCUUCAACAGACAUUUACAAAUUCAACCCAUUCUUGCAGGCAAGAAGAAGAAACAGUAAUAUUAUUUACAAUUCAUUUCCACGUCACUUAUUAAUUUGAUAGUUCCCCAGAUUUAGGUAACUCAAUUUAUUGUAUUCUAUGUAAAGCGAUUGAUAUCUAUUCAUGCCCUGUAAAAAAUUAUCAAUAACACCUGUAUAGUCUCAUAUACUGUAUUUUUCUCCUUUAAGCAAAUAUUUAAGCAAUUUGUUUCUUGAA